GAUCACCGCUAAGAAAUUAUUAGUUCUUGUGAAUCAUUUGUGAAGUGUGUUUUAAGUGAAAAAAUAAUCUAAAAAAAAUGACUGGUCGUGGUAAAGGUGGAAAAGGCUUGGGAAAAGGUGGUGCUAAACGUCAUCGUAAAGUGUUGCGUGAUAAUAUCCAAGGUAUUACCAAGCCAGCUAUUAGACGUUUGGCUCGUCGUGGUGGUGUAAAACGUAUUUCUGGUUUGAUUUACGAAGAAACUCGUGGUGUCUUGAAGGUCUUUUUGGAAAAUGUUAUCCGUGAUGCUGUCACCUACACUGAACACGCCAAGAGGAAAACCGUUACCGCUAUGGAUGUCGUCUAUGCAUUGAAGAGACAAGGUCGUACUUUGUACGGUUUCGGCGGUUAAACAUUCAUCAUAUUUUUAUAUUUUGCGGACAAUUUUUAAUAGAAAACUAAAACAAUCGGUCCUUUUCAGGA